AUGGCGGACCGACAGGCAGUCCAACAAAACCUCAAUGGUCUACUCUCGAAACUGGAUGAUCCAGAUCCUGACAUGAGGUACAUGUCGCUGAAUGAUCUUCUGGGAAUCCUCAACAGCCCCACCUCUGCAUAUUUGGCUCACGAUCAGUUUUCCUCGUCACGGCUGGCCGACGGCUUGCUCAAUGCCUUGGAUGAUCAACACGGCGAUGUUCAAAAUCAAGCACUAAAAUGUCUCGGUCCACUUGUGAAUCGACUGCCUUCCGAAAGCCUCACUACCAUCCUCGAAAAGCUCUCGAACCUGACAGCAUCCCAGACUAUCGAUACCUCAGUUCCUAAUACCGCUCUACGCGUCAUUGUCACGGCCCUUCCCCGUCCACAGGCUGGGCAACCACCUACGCCAGACAUUUCCAUAGCUUACUCAUCUGUCUCCAAAAUUCUCAUCCCUCGGUUGACCGGUCCUACGCCAUCUCAAUCUGGCAGAAGAGGCUCCGUCAUCAAGGGCAUGCUAGAGAAAGAUACUUCUAAGGGAUUUAGCAGCGAUGCGAUUGAUGUUUUGAUUCAAGUUGUCGCCUGCUUCGGACCACUUCUCAAGGAAGCCGAGUUAACGGCUCUCCAGAAAUCAGUGAUAUACACUACAGGCACCGUAAGCAAAACUAGCUGCUACUGUGGGAAAACCAAAGCCCACUGCCGCUCUCCUGAUUGCCAGAUCGAUUACGGCCACUGUGAUGCUCACAUGACGCCUGACGGGCCUCCGACGUCCGGCAUCCCUCGACCCAAAGUUGGCAAAGUUCCAUACGGUCCUAAAGUUGUCCGGUCGUGCGUUGGGGCAGGAGAUGUUGCCUUGACUUUCGACGAUGGCCCGAACAAGUACACAGAGGACCUCCUCGAUUUGCUGGACAAAUACGAUGCAAAGGUGACUUUCUUCAUCACGGGCAACAAUAACGCCAAAGGACCCAUAGAUACACCGGGCAUGCCCUGGGCCUCGAUGAUCGAACGCAUGUAUCAAAGUGGACACCAGAUCGCCAGUCAUACCUGGUCGCAUCAGGAUCUUAGCAAAAUCACACCAGAGCAACGUCGAAUCCAGAUUCUGUGGAAUGAGGUCGCGCUCCGAAACAUUUUGGGCGGCUUUCCAACGUACAUGCGUCCUCCAUAUUCCAGCUGUACUGAGAAGUCCGGCUGUCUGAAGGACAUGGGCAAUCUCGGCUACCAUGUCAUCCUGUAUGACAUUGAUACCGAAGAUUAUCGCCAUGACAGCUCCAGCACCAUCCAGGGUUCCAAGGACAUUUUUGACAAGAACCUGGCCCGUGAAAAAGCAUCCCAUAAGUCUUGGCUGGUUAUUGCUCAUGAUGUGCACGAACAGACUGUUUAUAACCUUACGGAGCACAUGCUUAAGAAAGCCUCCAAAGAUGGCUAUAAUAUUGUGACUGUUGGCGAGUGCCUGGAUGAUCCCGAAGAGAACUGGUAUCGUAUGGAUGAGAGUUCUGAGCUUACUAUUCUUCGGAAGACCAAACCCCUCGCUACUGCCAACCAUGUCAUAUCGCACGAUGGUCGCUGCGGUGGGAAUGUUACCUGUCUGGGGUCGAAGUUCGGAUCCUGCUGUGGCAAGAAUAACUAUUGUGGGAACAGUCCCAAGCAUUGUGGGUUUGGUUGCCAGCCUAACGCUGGCCAUUGUCAGAAAGCUAGACAUACAUCCACUGUUCACAAACAUGGACCUGAAAAGCGUCCCGCAACAUCCGCUGCGGGCUCUUUGUUGCCACCUGGAUUGAGCGUUGUGGAAUUGGUUUUGUUUGCAGCAUUAGCAUCGUCGGCUGGAGACCUUUUGCGACUUCUUGUGUUCACGCUUAUACAUGAAAGCUUGUGAUAAUGGUUGUCAAGUGAUUAGUCUCUAUACUGGCUUGUCAGCGUGUUCCUUUGUAAGUAGUCAGUUUAUUCUUCCACUAAUACUCCGGUUGUCCGGAUACUGUUUAGGAUUGACAUGGUACACUCGUUCGUUUAUGGAGAAUGCAAUUCGUAACUCAUUUCAUUUGGCAUUACCACGUCUCGUACC